AAAGAUUUUUACCAUCAUUUUUUCCUGCAACUGACAGUUUAGGCGUGCAACAUCUCGUUAGUGAUGACCCGACAUAUCUCCAACCUCAUUCAAGACAACCACCGUCUUCUACAGCUUGGGUGAAUAGAACCGAUCUCUACGCAUCGAUCGAAGCUCUCGCCUCAGUUAACGUCUAUCAAUGGCUCAUUGGAUCUCCUCUAAGCUCAGAGCCGCUGAAACCCUACUCCAACAGAUCGAUCAGCAAGCUGCAGAAUCACUCAAAAAGAAUGAUAAGUUGCCAGCAGGUGAUCAAUUACAUGGUGAAAGUUCACCAAGAACACCUAAUACUAAGCCAUUAAUAAAGGACCAGCUGAAGAAAAAACAUACCGAAAAUGUGGUAAACCAAAGUUCUCUCAACAUUGGUAAACCGAGUUCAAAUGUUAUCAGCAGAAAUAACAGUGUUAUUUAUCGGGAUGAUGAUACACCAUUGUCCACGAACCAAAAUUUAAAGUCAAAUAUGAGUGGAGGACCCUCUGAUGGUGAUUGGACAGAAUUGCUCAGUUUACCGGACAAAAAAGGAGUAUCUGGUGGAGGAAGUUUGAGCCGGAGUAUUAAUCGAGUAUCGGGAAUUCGGACUCUGAAGCAAGAUAAGAAGAACUUGGGAAGUUCUAGUCCAGGAAAGAAUAUCUCUGUGGUUGAUGGGAAGGGUAAAAAAUUAUGGACUAAUGGGGUCUCCAAGAAUUCUAAAAAAACAAAUGUUGAGUUGGAGAAUAGCACCAGUUCAGAUUUUGAUGAGAAGGCAAGUAAUGUUGGGGAUGUAACACCAAGAACAUCAAGUUCCCAGUCGCCAAGUAGUAGUGGUGAAUCGGGUUACAUGAACAGUGGCUCGACACUUGCUGUUGGUAACCCCAAAAUUGAGAACAUGGGGCAAGUUGAAGUCUUGAAUGAUUCUGUGGAUGGAGACAAGGUACAGAAUAAUUCGGACAAUUCCUGGAAAAUUAUGCCAAUUUCUCGUGAAAAUGAGUUGGAUACAAAGGUGGGACUAGAUAAUGGUGAGAGGUUUAAGAGGGAUUCUAGUGCAAGCAAUAGGUCUUUGGGUUCUGUGAAGAAGGCUUCUUCUUCACCAAGUGACGGAGAGUCGUCCAAUACAGAGACAGAUACUUCCUCGUCAUCAGAUUCGGAGAGUGAAAGAGAAAGGGAAGAAAGGAGAAAGAGGAGGCAACAGAUGUUAGCUGAAAGAGCUGCUGCAAAAGCAGCCCAGGCAAUUAUAGAACGUGAGAAUUUGGUUGCUAGAUUGGAAGGGGAGAAACAAAGUUUGGAGAAAAUACUUGAAGAGCGAGCCAAACAGCAAGUAAUGGAGGCUUCUGAGUUACAGUCAACAAUGAUGGAAACCAUGGAAGCAGUCGAGCUGGAGAAGCAGAAACAUAAAAAUACUCGAAUGGAAGCCCUAGCACGAUUAGCAGAACUUGAGAGUGCAAAUGCUGAUCUUACAAGGUCUCUUGCUAAUGUACAGAAGAAUCUUGAAAUGGAGGUUGAUUGUAUUGCUGAGCUUCGUCAACAAAUUCACGUGAAGGAAACAAUUCAUGAAGAAUUGAGAAGGAAAAUAUCAAGCAUGCACGAAAAUGAUGGCAAACCAAGAGUUACAAAAGGUCUUGAAUUUGAACUGGGGAUGCUCAAGGCAGAAUAUUCCUUCAUAAAUGAUAAAGUGGGAAGAAUGCAAGAAAAGGCAAAGACUCUAGAAACAAGCAUCGAGACCACCCAAAGAGAAAUCGAAAACCCAACUGAAGUAGAGACUGAGCUCAAGCGCAGGCUUCGUCAGUUGACUGACCACUUGAUUCAGAAGCAAGCACAGGUUGAAACGCUUUCCUCGGAGAAGGCCAUGCUGCUGCUUAGAAUUGAGGCGGUUUCAAGAAUGCUUGAUGAACACAAGCUUGGUAUUGAUUCAACUGAAUUUCCCAGUGCCUCAUCAAGGGAUGAACGGGAAUCGGGUUCAUGGCGAAUCUUGAAUUCGAACCUGAGCUCUCUAUUUAGUGGGAAAAUGCAAUCAGGACAAAGACAUUUGGGAUCGUUAGUUCGACAACUGGACUCACUUUUUUGCAUGGGUGCUAUGUUUCUUAGAAGGAACUCGACUGCUAGAAAAUGGUCGUUUGUCUACUUGGCUUGCCUUCAUCUCUGGGUAAUGUACAUUCUGAUGUCACAUUCUCAAGUGUCGGAUGAUGGUCGAUCGGGUGCCGUGUUCUCCCUAGAGAAUAUUAAUAACACUGGAAGUGUCUGAUCUCUCUCUCUCUCUCUCCUUUGAAAUUUAUCUCGAUCUAAUAGGUAACGUGAUGUACAGAAGUCACCAUAAUAAGAGCAGAGCAUUAUAUGAACUAUAUUAUCUACAUUGACAUUCCUUGGUGAAAGCAUGAAGGCUAAGAACUUGACGAACUCAAGUCAGGUUGUAGAUCGACACAGUUUUAAGUUAUUGUCGGGAAACAUGGUUUGGAAUAUAGCUCAAAGUUUAAACAGCAAAGUUGACAAUAAAAUUGAUGAAUUUUCAAAUUAGUUUAUCUUCUGUGCUUUGCUUCUUUGCUGUCUCUUAUAUUCCGCGAACAGGCAUGCAUAAAUGACCAGCCCACAGAUUUG